AUGGCGGGUCAAUCUAAGCCUGUUCGCCUUUCCCCGUGGGGAAGCGCCGUCGCGGGUGCAACAGGAGCUGUUCUUGCAAAUGCUCUGGUGUACCCUUUGGACCUGGUGAAGACCAAACUGCAGGUGCAAGUGAAACAAAAACAAACCGCCGAAGGACCAACCGAUAUUGAACACUAUGACGGCACAGUGGACGCGAUCACCAAGAUUGCGGAGAAGGAGGGUAUCACGGGUCUUUAUUCUGGAAUCGCGGGCUCGCUGCUCGGAGUCGCCUCGACAAACUUUGCCUACUUCUACUGGUACAGCGUUGUGCGUACCUUGUACAUGGUAUCAAAGAAGAGCUCUGCAAACCCCGGCACUGCGAUUGAACUGUCUCUCGGCGCGGUCGCUGGAGCUGUGGCGCAGGUUUUCACAAUUCCGGUUGCCGUCAUUACGACCCGACAGCAGACCCAGCCGAAAGGCGAGAAGAAGGGACUGAUUGAGACCGGUCGGGAAGUCGUUGAGAGUGAGGACGGCUGGUCCGGCCUCUGGCGCGGUCUCAAGGCCAGUCUCAUUUUGGUCGUGAACCCAGCGAUCACAUACGGUGCUUAUCAACGCCUAAAGGAGGUCAUAUUCCCUGGCAAGGUCAAUCUCAAGCCAUGGGAGGCUUUCGUCCUCGGUGCUAUGUCCAAGGCUCUGGCAACCAUUGCGACUCAGCCUCUGAUUGUUGCCAAGGUUGGCUUACAGUCUCGGCCCCCAGCAGCCCGUCAAGGCAAGCCCUUCAAAUCUUUUGGUGAAGUCAUGAGGUAUAUUAUCGAGCACGAGGGUGCUCUUUCUCUCUUCAAGGGUAUUGGGCCCCAAAUCUUGAAGGGUCUGCUAGUCCAAGGUCUGCUGAUGAUGACCAAGGAGAGAAUGGAACUGCUUUUCAUUGUUCUAUUUGCCUACCUCCAGCGUAUCCGGAAAGAGAAGCUGCAGAAAGCCAUCGAUACUGCUGCGGCCAAGGCCAAAACUAGCCUGCCAGCGACUCUGAAGUAG